CUGUAGAUGAAUGAAUAUGGGAGAUACUUUGUGGUUAAUUAUGGAGGUGCCUUCAAUGGUUAUGAGUACAUCGGCGGCUCUUCUAAGAAUUUGCAUAUUUUCGGAGACACAAUGGCCAGUACGGUGUACAUGAUAAAUUACCUGAUGAUGGAGAAUUCAUUGAGCACUAAUUACAGCUUGUAUUAUUUGACGAAGAGAUUAAAUGGCAGGGUAUACAGUAAAAAUAUUCUUGCCGAUGACAAUGAUUUGCUUCAGUUGCUGGCGUCGCAGCCACAUUUUCCUGAGAUUUAUGUUGUUGAAGACGAUUACAGUGGAGGAGUGUAUGUUCCUUCGUUCGAUCUCCCUCAAUCUUCCGGGUAUGGAGGUGAAUCCAGUGCAACAUUCGAAGGUGGGGACGGAUUGGAAGCAAUCCAAAGAUAUGCUUAUUUAGACCUAUCAGCCGGAGAUUCACCGGCGCAACAAAGUGUUGAACCGUCGGUCACUUGGGGUAAUGAUCAGUCAACGGGUUGGCCUUCAUGGGAUGAGCCAAAUCCGUACCAGUACGAUCGCCUAAUAACUGAUCGUUGUUGGGGUCCAGCUGAUGAUCAAUAUACGUACGAGCCUCAGUUCGUGGAGGAUGCUGGUAAUGUAGAUGAAGAUUAUGUUCCAUCGUCUGAAGCCGAGACUGAUACAAGCGCCUCUGAAGACUUGUCGGAGCCAGAGAACGUGAGAAGGGCGGGGAUUGAAUAUGCAGGUUGGCAGAAUUUGCAGAUCGACGAGGAUGAUGACGAACAGGUUCCUGGAGCAGAUGAACUAACUAAUUGGUUAGUUCCGGUUAUCCCGUUGGACGCCGCAGCGGCAGUUGUGGAUAUUGAAGAUUAUCAGCUAUUGCCUCGGGAGUUGUCAAAGAAUAUGUAUUUCAAUAGCAAAGAUGAUCUGAUCGUUGCAAUCGGUCUGUGGAACAUGAAGCAGGGCAAGGAAUUUUCUGUCAGCAAAUCAGACAGCAGACGAGUCUACGUCAAAUGCAAGCAUUCAGAUACGUGCCCCUUCAAGCUCCAUGCAUCGUCACAAGAUGGAGUCAUUUGGGGAGUGUAUAAGUUCACCAAUGAGCACUCAUGCGACGGUGAGCUAGGGCGCGUAGCGCGAAUAAAGGCCCCCGCAAAAGUCGUCGCAGCAUAUUUAGCACAGAAGAUACACGACGAUUGCGAGAUCUUGAAGCCGAAGGCCAUCCAGCUGGAGCUGCGACGUGAGUUUGGCGUACAGAUCAAGUACGAUGUUGCAUUGCGAGCCCGUAAUCGAGCCACUGAGAUGGUUUAUGGUCGACAUGAUCAGUCCUUCGAGAUGCUGCCCAAGUACUUAUACAUGUUGAGACAAUCCAAUCCCGGGUGUGAGCCACACACACGAGGACAGCACGAAGGUACAGGCUCCCAUCCUCAUCAUCCACUCGACGAUCCAAAUCGCACACGCGUUUGAUGAGCGACUGUAUGGUCAUGCUUCGCGCACCGCAGAAUCGUCGGUAUGCCUCCACGCGACUGCAGUCGUGCUGUAAUGUCGCAUCGAACCUCGAUCCCCCGAAAUUGAGCCCAGUCACUAAUGCGUAGUCCGCAGGGGAAAAUCUGACUCGUGCUCCGCACAGAAAGAAGCACAUCUCAUUUUCUUCUGACACAAUCUGCCUCGAUACAAUCUGGUGAAAUGCUUUAUUGCUCUUCGCGCCGGGCCUCCAAUCAGUGAAAUGCCCAAAACAUGAUGCUCUAAAUCUUCCCAAUAAAUCUGAAUUGCACUGUUCGCCGACCA